AAUAGUUGAAGAGAAUUCCUGGUGUGAUUGGUGACUGGCGUAUGACCUGCUGGGCGAAUGGAGAAAAUAAGAAAGUCUGGCGGUCCUGUUGUUUUAUGAUGAAGAGCAAAUACCUACACAUGUGAAGCUUGUUUAUGUAACAUACGCCGUAAGAGCUUUCGUCCCCAAACCACUGUAAGAAUUGUGUGUCCAGACGAACAGAGCAUACUGGAGACAGGUGUGUAGAAGGACGACAGGGUCGCAAUUGUAGUGGGGAUCAUGAUCCUGAGUUCCUGGAGUGCCCUGUAAGGGUAAAUUGGGGUGACAAAGGUUGCGGGGGCGAUUAAAAUAAUUUGUUAAACUAGUAAUGUUAGUGAAGAGAUGGUAGCCUGUGGUAAAUGUUAGAUGCAAAACAAAAGAUACCCUGUGUGUUAAAAAUGUGGAUUUUGUUGAGUUAAUUUCCACAGUUAGAAACUGUACAGCACAAGUCUUAAAGAAAUCGAAUAAACUAGGAAUUAUUGUGGCUGCAGUUGAAAGGUUUCGGGGACUGAAGGUUUGACAUCGAAAGGGGUACUGACGCCGGAAGACACGCCAUCCCAGGUUUCCCCUGAGACUGUAGGGAUCCGAUCUGUUUAUUUUUAACCGAAAUUUUUAUUUAUAAUAACCAAAAGAAUAGUAGUUUUGGGGGGUAAUAGCCUAGUAGGUGGUGGGAUGCACAUUAAAUUGUGUGAUCGCCAAAAUUCCAUAGAAGAAGAAGUCAACAUUUGAAUCAUCCACUGCCUACACUCGCCAGUCUGGCAUCUGCCCCCCGACAGGGAAGGAUCUGAUCUGUCCGGAGUAGCUAGUUAGCAGGCUGCGGUUCGCCAUAGCUACGUAGUUGUUUGCUUGAUGUAGGAGCGAUGUGGUCCUUUUUCGCUCGGGAUCCAGUCAAAGACUUUAAUUAUGACAUUUUACCGGACACGCAAGACAAGUCCGGAAUAUGGACACUGCAUCGAGGCAAGCGAAAGACGGGUGGGGAACCACUAUCGGUGUUUGUGUACGAGGUAUCAACAGGGACAGAGGAACAGACCCAGCUAGCCAAGGCAGCGUUCAAACGUAUGAAGACCCUCCGACAUCCCAAUAUCCUGGCCUAUGUAGAUGGUUUGGAGACAGAGAAGAGCCUGUACCUGGUCACAGAGCAGGUCACCCCCCUGGCAGCUUACCUGAAGGCCCAGUCAGAGAGGGGGGGCUCUGGAGAGCUGGAGGUGUCCUGGGGCCUGCAUCAGACUGUGAAAGCCCUUAGUUUCCUGGUGAAUGACUGCCACCUCCUCCACAACAACCUGGGUAUCUGGGCUGUGUUUGUGGACCGAGCUGGAGAAUGGAAGCUUGGCGGUCUGGACCACAUGACCCCAGAGAACGGGGACGCCUCCACAUCACUACCCUCCGCCAAAGCUGUUCACCCUGAAAUGGAUAAAUACGACGCCCCUGAAUCACCAAACAGUGGAGAGAAAUGGGCUGGGGAUGUGUGGCGGCUGGGCUGUCUGAUCUGGGAAGUGUUCAAUGGUCCACUUCCCCGAGCCUCCUCCCUACGCUCCCUCGGAAAGAUCCCUAAAGCAUUGGUGCCACACUACUGUGAGCUGGUGGGGGCCAAUGCCAGGGCCCGGCCUAACCCAGCCCGCUUCCUGCAAAACUGCAGAGCUCCCGGAGGAUUCCUUAGCAACAGCUUCGUUGAGAGCAACCUUUUCCUAGAGGAGAUCCAGAUCAAAGACCCAGCAGAGAAGCAGCAGUUCUUUCAGGACCUGAGUGAGAACCUGGACUCAUUCCCAGAGGACUUCUGUAAGCACAAGGUGCUGCCACAGCUACUCACUGCCUUUGAGUUUGGCAACGCCGGUGCUGUCGUCCUCACACCUCUGUUUAAGGUGGGGAAGUUCCUGUCUGCGGAGGAGUACCAGCAGAAGAUCAUUCCUGUCAUUGUGAAGAUGUUCUCUUCUACAGACCGGGCCAUGAGGAUACGACUGCUUCAACAGAUGGAGCAGUUUGUUCAGUAUCUAAACGAUGCAGCGGUGAACUCGCAGAUCUUCCCUCAUGUUGUUCACGGUUUCACAGACACAAACCCAGCCAUCAGAGAACAGACUGUCAAGUCCAUGCUGCUGCUGGCCCCCAAGCUGAAUGAGAGUAAUCUGAAUCAGGAACUGAUGAGGCACUUUGCACGGCUGCAGGCGAGAGACGAGCAGGGACCAAUCCGCUGCAACACCACUGUGUGCCUGGGAAAGAUCGCCCCCUACCUCAACGCUGGGACACGGCAACGAGUGUUGAUCUCGGCAUUCUCUCGGGCCACUAAGGACCCCUUUCCCGCCUCUCGGGCGGCCGGGGUUCUGGGCUUUGCAGCGACCCACAACUACUACAGUGUGACAGAGAGUGCAGCACGGGUACUACCAACACUCUGUACCCUCACUGUUGACCCUGACAAGAACGUUAGAGAUCAGUCAUUCAAAGCAAUAAAGAGUUUCUUGGUGAAGCUGGAGACUGUUUCUGAAGAUCCAACCAAGCUGGCUGAAAUAGAAAAGGAUGUGAUGUCAUCAGCCCAGCCGGCUGGGGCAGCGGCCAGUUGGGCAGGCUGGGCAGUGACGGGGGUGUCUUCUCUGACCUCCAAGCUCAUCCGGACCGGCCCGGGGGCAGAGGGGGGCAGCCUGGCUGAGAACACCCCUGUUGGUGGUGGUACUGCAUCUCCUUGCGCUGGGAACUCUGUGAUAGAUGGAGUACCCGGGGGCUCUGAAGUUAAACCCCCACCGGCCUCCAUGACUCUACCCAUUGCUUCUGGCCUUGCUAGCCAAUCAGACUCUCCUAAGGUGUCCGAAAAGAAUGAGGAGCCAAUCGGAGACCGGUGGGAUGACGAGGACUGGGGAAGUUUGGAGGACCCAGAGAAGGUACAGGCAGCAGACCCAGAUGACUGGAACUCUUCUGAUUGGUCAGGAAUGUCUUCUGUCAAAAAGAAGGCCAGUGUAAGAGGAGUGGGUCUAGCAACUUCUGAGGCGGUGAAAAAGCAGAGCUCUGAUUGGAGCAGCUCGGGCUGGGAUGCCGAUGACAGCUGGUCCAAUGAGAAGGAGGCUGAUGGCCAGGGUCAGAGUUCACCAGGAGAGGAGACGUGGGGCAAUGACUGGGAGGAGGAGGGAACGACUGCUCCGGCCACUAAGAGUGCUGCUCUGCUGGAGGGGGUUCGGUUAGCCAGCGAGUAUGAUUGGGACAGUAAGGGAGCCACCCAGACAGACUUCCUUGCCAACGUGUCUCAGAGAGCCAUGCCCACCCCCAUUGCUACGGCUGGUGAUGGCUGGAGUGCAGAGCCUGCUGGAGACUGGGGAGCCGAGGAGAGCUGGGAGUCUGUGGACGGAAGUCAAGCAGGCCUAAGCAAGGCAGAGCUGGCCAAGAAGAAACGUGAGGAGAGGAGGAAAGAACUGGAGGCCAAACGGGCAGAACGCAAGGCAGUGAAGGGUCCUCUCAAACUGGGUGCUCGGAAACUUGACUGACUGGAAGGAAGAGGGUUGGUGGAAGACAGGAAGCGAAGCAGACAGAGUGCUAUGAUGACUUUCCCCUGACUCCCACAGUGGAAUGUAUGGAAGGUUCAACAUUCCAUAAUGAAAAAAAGAUUGAAGAAGAGACACUGAACUUGACUGUACAAGCUGCUCAUUGGCUGAGAGGGGAUCAGAGUGCCAGAAGCUGAGACAUUUCUCAUCGACUAUUACGGGGUUUAAACAUUGCAUUCAUAUUACAACGCAAAUAUUGUUUUUAUAUAAAAACAAAGAUGUAAAGAAAUGUACAUAGUUGGUGCAUUUGUCAGAAACUUUUUUUUUUAUUAUAUUGAUAUAAAAUUUGUAUAUGCUGAAUGUUCACAUAUACGCAUAAAUGGGUUAUGAAUGUUAGAUAAGCUGUCAGUCACACUGCAGAAAUAAGACUGAUAGUCUGCAUGCAUGGGUCUGUAUAUGAGUUACCUACCAGAAGGCAUACGGUACUUCCCUGAAGGGUAAUGGUGGGACAUGUUCAGCGGGGCACAAUGUUGUGGAACAGUCUGAUAGAAAUAUGUUAUGUAGAACAAA